UGCUUCCUUUCCGAAGACUCCUUCUAGACUCAACAAUGCGUUUCACCGUCUUCAUUGCCCUGCUCGUGGCCACCUUCUUGGCGUGCUGCUCCGCCGAAAGUGUCCAGGACCGUCGUCUUCGUGUCGAGGCUGCCCCUGUCCCGGUUAACAAAGACAACGUUGCUAAGAUCGCCGGUGGAUUCCUCGAGAAGCUGCAGACCAACACGGCUCUUUCGAAGGCCGUCAAGGCCAUCCAGGCUUCUGAUGGUGAUGAGGCUGUUGUGAGGAAGGCCAUCACGGCCUUCGCUGCCACUAAGGAUAGUGUUAAGAUGACCGACGAGGGUGUCGCUAAGAUUUCGGCGAUGAUGGCUACCACCGUGCAGAAGAACCCCAAGUCGUGGCCGCGUCUCCGCAAGUUCGCCAAGAUUACGCUUGGAGGCACUGUUGCCGGUUUCGCUAUUUACGGUGCAUACAAGGCUCUGUUCGACAGGAAGUCAUCGACGGCUGCGACUACUACAACCACCACUGGCUCGGCGUAAGAAUGGCUUCAACGGUUUUGACUAUAUUCUUGAGCAUUCUCUUCCGGUUUGCAGUUUACAAGCGAGAAAGUCUUGAACGUCUUCACGUCUUGGAUAGAAGCACCAAACUAGAUAGGCAAGGUUUGUUUUUCGCGCAGUAACAAUGCAAUGCUAGUAUCAAUGAUACAUACAAAAGGUUUGAAAUCCAUC